CAUCGCUGACAAAUAUAUAGGCAGAUGUGAAUUGAUUUGUAUAUAUUAGAGAACCAAAAUCUCUGUCAUUUAUGUGAGAGACAGCAGAUAUCCCGUCACUGAUAGCAGAAGGUUGCAGUUAAUGCCCCAGGAAGUCGGUCGCAGGGGUGAUGAGAAAACUCUGCAUUUGAGGUAAUCACUCCGACAAAGGUAGUGACGUCUUCGUUCGAGGGAACGCGCGUCUGCAGGCUCUCGGCCCUGGGACUCCGCGCCUGCCUUUACCCACGGCCAGCCUCAUCGGAAUGAAGUACACUCGCUUUUAUCGCGGUACUGCCUUGCACCACAAACUGACCACCGCCUUGCACCAUGGCCGGAGAAAAAGCGCCAAGCCUUUCUGAACCAGAUCAGAAUUUCUGAAUUUCUUAAAGCGAGAAUGGAUAUUGAGAACUGCAUAUUCGUUUCGUCUCUGGGCGCCGUCGCAAGCGGCCAUGGAUGGUAGUGGGAAGGCCUGGGAAGAGCAAGCGCAUCUGUUCCCGAUGGAGUGUGUGAGGAACCUGGUUUUGUUUCUUUCGCGUGUGCUCGAGGUGCAGGGGUCCCGUGCGAUGAUUUUUCUAUUUUCCGAUUUGCUUCUUUGGCCCCAAUCCUCAACAGGCUCCCAAUUCUACGCAUCUCUCGUUCCAACCACAUGCUCGCUAGCGCUCGAGGUGUACUACGCUACAGCGCUUAGAAUUGUGCCUGCGGCUUAUCAUCUUUCCAGACCUUACUUAAAGCUUUCGGCUCCAGCUCCAGAUAGUACAGCCAGGGCAGUACAUUCGCUGGUACCAGUCGCAGGCUCGACCUCUGUCUCUCAUGGUCUCAGACAAUGCUCUGAAUUGACGAGAAAGACUCGACCCCGGCCGAGCACCACAGCAGCUGACCUCUGCUGCAAUGCGUAGCUAAAGUUGAUCGACCCGAGGAGCGCAGCUAAUUUGGUUUGUACUACAUCAGCGCGCACAAUUUGGCGACAACUCUUUCUAUUGAAAAAAAUAUUACUCAGGUGUCCUUACAGCAACAAUGGAGAGGAGGGCACUGCUCGUUCUCGUUGUGUGUUGGCUCGGAUUACUCCUCUCUCCAGGAGCAGGAGCAGCUGACGACGACCACCUACCUCAUGACAACAACCAAACGUCCGGUGGCGUUCAGUCAUUCUGUCAGGCGCUGGAUCCAUCCCCGCAGGUGCAGCCUUUCGUAGAGGAGCUUACUCAGCCGCCGGUCAUUGACAUCUCCACGGGCCAGCAGCUCACUCUUGGCGUCUAUAAAAUCAAACAGAAAUUCCACCCCGACCUUCCGGAGACGACUCUGUACGCUUACGGGACGAGCGAGGCGACGGCGUCGUCGCCAGGCCCGACGCUGGUGGCUACCAGAGGCAACGAGUCGUACGUGCGAUGGGAGAAUCACCUCAACGACACGCAGCAUUUCCUGACGGUCGACCACACUAUCCAUUGGGCCAAUCCGAAAACCGGCGGAGUGCCCAUCGUCACGCACCUCCACGGCGGCGAAGUCCUGUCGGAGUCCGACGGGUACCCCGACGCCUGGUACACCAGCAGCGGCGAACUGGGUCCGUCCUUCACCACGCAGAACUACACGUACGCCAACUCCCAGCCCGCGGCGCUACUGUGGUACCACGACCACACGGUUGGCAUCACGCGUCUCAACAUGCUUGCCGGCAUGAACGGCAUGUACGUGGUCAAGUCACCCGGUGAGGAACCGGCGAAUCUGCCGUCCGGCGAGUUUGAGCGACUCAUUGUCGUCCAAGACAAGCAGUUUCACGCCGACGGCGCCGUCAACUUCCCCACGGUUGGAGUGUCACCGGGCGUGCACCCGAGCUGGUGCCCGGAGUACUACGGCGACACCAUCAUCCUCAACGGCAAGGCCUGGCCCUUCAUGACCGUCUACCCGACCGCGUACCGCUUCCGCAUGGUGAACGCCGCCAACGCGCGCUACUUCGUCAUGACGCUCAGCGACCCGCGACUGCGGUUUUACCAGAUCGGCACCGACGGCGGCUACCUCCACAUGCCCCUCAACCUCACCAUGCUGACCAUGGGCCCCGCCGAGAGGCUCGACUUCCUCGUCGACUUCUCGACGGUGCAGCCCGGCACCGUCGCGUACCUCAACAACUCCGGCAACGCGCCGUACCCCGACGGGGACCCGGCGGUCGGCUUAACGACUGUGAUGCUGAAGUUCAACGUGGUCGCGGCGCCUGUGAACUCGACGCUACCGCCGUUCGACCUGCCGGCGACGCAGGUGCUGUCCCCGAUGGUGAAUAUCAGCACGGACGGCGCCAUCGUGAGGAGGAUGACGCUGACGGAGUACGACGACGGCAACGAAAACCCGACCGGCUCGCUGCUGAACGGGCUGAGGUGGAGGGACCCGCUGACGGAGACGCCGGAGCUGAACACGACGGAAGUGUGGGAGAUCAUCAACCUGACGGAGGACGCGCACCCCAUCCACCUGCACCUGGUAUCGUUCCUGGUCAAGAGUCAGCAGGCCUUCGACGCCGUAAGGCAGACCGCCUACAACUGCUCCUUCUACGUAGCUUACCCCGACCCCAUGAGCUGUUUCACGGAGCCCCCGCAGGAGCCCGAACUGCACCACCUCGGUUGGAAGGACACGGCUACCGUGUACCCCGGCAAGAUCACGAAGUUCGUGGUGAGAUGGGCGACGCAGUCCGGCCAGCAGUUCUCGUUCGAUGCCACCAGCGGCCCCGGCUACGUUUGGCACUGUCACAUUCUGGACCACGAGGACAAUGACAUGAUGAGGCCUCUGAAGAUGAUGGCCGCCAAUUCUACCCAGCUCCCGUAAUUUUGCUGAGAAUUCAUCUCCCCCGUGUUCGAUCCGGCCAUGUCUCUCCAGUUGCCCAUCUGUGUACAGCGUGCGUGUGCGAGUGCGUGUGAGAAUCAGCGAUGCAGCCCCUAGGAAUAGAAGUUAUGGACCGAAAUUAGGAUUUGGAGGACUGAGAGCGAAGAGCAGAUGAAAUCAGAUGGUGUGUCAAAUUGUGUGGGUCAGUGAGGAUCGUAGGAACAAGGGGAGGAAAUAAGACUGUUCCGGCAGGAAAGCGCAAAGCAGAUUGCGAAGAGGGAAUAGAUGAGACUGUCAUUGUCCAUAGUAGAUCAGAGGACAAUUAAUAAUCUCCUGUGUUUUGUUGCGAAGUUUAUGUAUAGCAUGCAAUUGCUUUAUGGAAAGAGCCCCGGUGAUUUAAUAAUUUUUGGCCUCAGAAGCACUCAAAGCAGAGCAGCUUUCUCAAAUUUGAUGCUUAGAUUGCUCUUCAGAAUCCUUCAGCAAAAAGGAGAUUCGUACAUAUGGAUGAAUUCAAAGUAAUAUCCGCUGCACUAUGGGCUGAUCUGAGUUAGGUGCAAGGCGAGAAUGUUGGACGAUGUAAAUGGCACAAUUUUUUUUCCCUUGAAGGUUUGGGUCUGGAGGCGCACAGGUUAUAAUCCACGCCCUCCAAGGGAGGAAGCCAGAAGAUAUGCCAAGCAUUGUAGAUCCGUUUAUUGUUGUGUUAGUCAUUCAAGAUGUCG